AUGGUUGUUGACAAGAAUGACAUCCAAGGCGAUGUAUGGAGCAAGGGUUUUUUGAAGCACAAUGAAACGUACUACUUCUUCUCUAUCGCGGACCAAAAGCAGAAAAUCUUUUCCCAGUGCUUGAAGAAACUGGCGGCUCAAGUGGGCGAUGCAUCUCUCAUCACCAGUCUGACACAGGUACAGAAGGACCGGGAUACAGCAGGCGAAGCGCGUGCUCUCAACAAAAUUGCAAUUAUAUCCAAUGCUUUGAUCGCAUUCACCAGAACAGGAUUGGACGUUAUACAAAGUGCUCUUCCAAACACAGCCCUAAGAUUGAAAAGAGUCGAAAAUACCGAUCCAGCGUUUUACGCUGGAAUGAAGGAAACUAAUGAACUAAAAGAUCGACCCGCUAAUGAUUGGGAUCCGUUGUUCAACGCCACGAGCACCCCAAUCCACGGACUGCUCAAGGUCGCUGGAAGCGAUGCAAACGAGGUUGAAAGGAAGCUGCAGGCUAUCUUGAAAGUGCUUCAGCAUGGCACUGUUACCCUAGAUGUAAAGGGUAUAUCGCCGCCUACUACCGUAGAAUCGAGAAUCGACGGCGCAGUGAGACCCAAAGAUUUCAUACUCGACGGCAAGCUUGUCAAUCUCAAUGGCAAAGAGCAUUUUGGGUUUGAGGACGGCAUCUCUCAGCCAUUGAUACAAGGGAUUGACACACUCGAGCCGGAAGUUGCUGGUGUGGCAAAUAUGAAUACCGAUGAAGAAGUCAUCAUCCUAUCCAAGUUUAGCCCCAAAACCGAUAACAAUGUAGCCCGUCCCGACUGGAUGUACAACGGGACAUUCCUUGUCUUUCGCAAGCUUGAGCAGGACGUGGAUGCCUUCAACAAGCUCAUCAAAACUUGGAAUCAACAUGGCUGCUCUAGCGAGAAGCACAUGGGCGCAAAGCUGAUGGGACGUUGGGAGAGUGGUGCCCCCAUCGUUAAAUUCCCGGACAACGACUCGCCCGACCCAGACAAUGCAAGGACUUUUAAUGAGUUCAACUACGACGGCGACGCUACAGGCAAGACUUGUCCUUUUGCUGCGCAUAUCCGAAAGGCCAAUCCCAGGAGACCAAGGAACCCUAACGAGCAGUCAACUUUUCUGACCAGAAUGAUCCGGAGUGGAAUCACCUAUGGGUCUGAGUUCUCCGAGAAACCUCUGGAAAAGCGUGGUCUCUUGUUUGCAUGCUAUCAGAGUCAUAUUGAGUCAGGAUUCAAGUUCAUGCAGGCCUCUUGGCUCAACAAUGAGAACUUUUCGACCGCAGGAGCUGGUCAUGAUCCAAUCAUGGGCCAGACGGCUAACAGGAAGUUGUUGACGAAUAUCGGCGGUACCUCAGUCAGCUUUGAUGAGAUGGUAACACUGAGAGGUGGUGACUAUUUUUUUGUGCCAUCGAUUUCGGCUUUGCAAAAGACACUGGGCCAGGACUGA